ACAGACUUAUUGCGGUACGGAUCAGCUGAGCGGUGACAGCCAAUCAGCUGUUAGUAUCUGCGUGUGCGCGUUAUCAGUGCGUCAGUGACACUCACGGGAUUUUACACCUUAUUACUAAGACGCGCAGGUCGCUUUUGCAAUGGCAAGCUGUGGCGGUUGUUUUCAAAAAAUAACCGACGGACGGUUUUUGAACUGCAGCAACUGUCGAAAAUUAUACGACCUCGUAUGUGCCAAUGUCCCGGAGGACACUUUUACCGGCAUGGGACUGGACAUAAAGUACUCCUGGAAGUGCGUUGAGUGCAAAAGUGCCGAGCCGCGGACGGACAAUACAAACACGCCCGUACGCGGAAAUAACAAUAUAAAUAUGUGUCGUGGUGCGCGUUCGCAAGUUACUCUAAGCCCCGUGGGGCAUGAGGGGGACAGCUCCGUCAUGGAAGUGUCGUACAACGACGGCAAUUCGUCUGUCGCCACGCCGCGUGACAAUGGUCUAGAUGUGUCCCGUGUUGCGGACUCGCAGGGGCUUGCCGCCGAGCUGCGGCUGUUUCGCGAGGAGAUGCGCAGGAUGUGCCAGGAGAUGCGCGCUCUUCGUGCGUCUUUGGAUGGCCUGACAGCCAGAAUCGACCAGUGCGACAGGCGGGUCGACAGCUGUGAGGGGCGCAUCGAGGCGCUAUGUGCCCGUGUCGAGGCGUUGGAGAGCAGACCUCAACACAGUGAUGCCGCUCCUAGCGCCUCUCUCGCGGAAACUGUCUCGCAGCUCAGGUUGGAGCUCAAUGAUCGCGAUCAGGAGCUGUUACUAAAUGACAUCGAGAUUAGUAGUGUGCCGGAGAGUAGCGGCGAAAGCACGAUGCAUAUAGUAACAGCCCUGAGCAAGAAACUGGGAGUCGAACUCACCGAGCAUGACGUCGUCGAUGCUGCGCGUGUGGGGCGCGCGCCUCAGUUGCAGGAGGGUACCCAGGAGCCGGCGGGGCGGCCGCGGCCGCUCGUGGUGCGCCUGGCGCGCCGGGCCGUCAGGGACCGCCUGCUCCAGGCGGCGCGCGUGCGCCGCGGGGCCACUACGGAAGGCACCGGCAUUCCUGGCCGGGUCUGCACCUUCUACAUCAACGAGCGGCUGACUCCACACAACCGGCGUCUCCUGUAUAGGGCUCGGGAGCUGAAGCAGCAGCACUCUUGGCGGUACGUCUGGACCAGAGACGGCAAGAUCUACGCGCGACAGCAGGCGGGCACGAGCUCGCCCCGGCACCGUAUUCGCACAGAAUUAGACCUAGACCGUGUUUUUAGCUUACGAUAGGUUUGAUCACUAUAAUAUUCACUUGACGUUUAGCCUAAGAUCACUUUCGUUAGCUAUAACUCGCUUCUGUCUGUCACUGCUACUGCUGCCGCUCACUACU